AAAAAAACUCCCUUUGUUCGGGGCAUGCGUCAUUGUUGACGACACUCUGAGAAAGGUGUGUUGGUAUAUAAAACAAAGAAAGGUCAUCUUGGUUAUUUAAAACUAAAGGACUAACAGGUCAAUCAGCAUCAUGAAGAUCGAGAUUAUUUUGCUAUGUGCAUGCGUUGUGAUGACGUCGGCCACAUACAUUUAUCAUGACAGAUAUCCCAUAGAUCAAUAUCAACAGCACUAUAACCAAUUCCCAGUCUCCAUUGGUGAUGGAUAUAUAUUCCCUUACAAUCGUGGAGGAAACACCGGUCGUCGCUACAAACGGGGAAUUUAUAAUUUUCAAUACAACCGACUGAGACACCAGAUCAAAGACAACGGUUUGGGUCAUUGGGCAGCGCAGGGAUUCAGCACGUACGGGACCAGUAAUUUUGGCAGACUGGGAAAUUUGGCUGCUACACUAUCCAGUGGAAGGUAUUGGUAAAGACUCUUUCCGACAUGAACGUCCACCCAUUUAGCUGAGAAGCGCCAAUAUUCUUUGAUUUCCUGAAAUAUCAGAUAUAUACCAUCAGAACCAGCCAUGACCAACGUUGUAAAAUGCAUUUUAUACUGAUUUGUAAAUAAAUUAAUUUAUUGUUUUUUAA